AAAAAAAAAAAAAAAAAAAAAAACACAUCGGUUAACAAUUACAUUGCCUUAAUUUCUUUAAUUGUCUUGGUUGUUUUUAUUUUCUCUAUAUAGUCUCAUCAUCAGCACCCCAAUAUGGAACCAGGAAACUUUCCGUUAGACGAGUUCCCUACGUGGUGCACUCAAAAUGGCGUUUAUCUUAACAAUGUCCAAGUCGCACUUGUCGAUAUCGAUGAGCGAGGCAACGGCCUCAUAACUACGGACGAGAUAGUCAGCCGGGAAGAUGACUUAGAGCCUAUAACCCUUAUGAGAGUCCCAAGAGAGCUUAUUCUUUCAAGUAAAAGUAUAGAUGAAUUUGCUUUGGAACAUAGGUAUUUUCGGCAGCUUCUAGCUUUAUUCGACGACGGAUCAACGAGAAUGAAAAUGCUACUCUUUCUCCUGUAUCAACUAGUGCUAUCCUCUUAUGACCAUUAUGGUGGCAUCCUAAGUCCUUCGACACAUUGGACACCUCCGCCACCUUCGCCACCUGGGGCACUUCCGACAGAUUCGCCUCCUUGGACACCUUGGACGCAAUAUUUCAGUCUUUUGCCCUCAUACGUACCGGCUUUUUCGUCAUUCACUAAGGUAGCGCAUUCUUAUUUAAGAGGCACUUCGCUGGAGUCGGCGGUAGCCGCUAAAAUGAGAGCCCUAACUAGGGAGUUUGAGGAUAUUCAAAAACGCCUCUCCAGCAUGCCGUUUUGGGGGCCUAUCGUGGAAGAUGCACUCGAGUUCCAAGAUUGGUGUCAUGUUGAUGCCUUGUUUAGGUCCCGCUCACUAGAACUACCCAACUCUGGAACAUCCAUGGUGCCGUGCAUCGAUUUGGUCAACCAUUCUAGUCGAGCUAAUGCUUUUUAUGAGCAAACUAGUGAAGGCGACAUGGUCCUUUAUCUCUUUAAAGGGUGUGUGCUACCUGCUGGAAGCGAAAUCACUAUAAACUAUGGUCAUGAGAAGUCAGCAGCAGAGAUGCUAUAUAACUACGGCUUCAUCGACCCAGACUCGCCAGUCAGGAGUAUGACUAUACUGCUAAGACCACAACAGGACGACCCCAUUGGACUGAUAAAGUUUCAACUUUUUAGUGAAGCUUUUAAUCAAUACCCAAAAUUGAAAUUAUACGCAGAAGAGGGUGUUGUUCCGCACUGGACCGGCCCAUUUCUCUAUUUCCUAUGCUUGAAUGAAGAAGACGGGCUGCAGUUAAUACCCCAACAGUGGCCAGAUGGUUCUCAGCAAUGGGAGGUCUUCUGGCAGGGUGUCAAUAUCACGGGACAAUUAGAUACGCUGAAGGACCUUAUUCGAGAUCACGAAUCAUAUCAGGUAUUUGAACUAAGGGUCUGUUGUGCUGUCCUGGGUUUCGUUCAACGGGAGCUCGACAAUCUUCUCAGCACUCGAAAUGGGUAUUCUCCGUCAAGCCGGACAGAAGGAGACUUCUACAAUGGCGCUUCGCGCUUGAAGUCACUUGAGGCCGAUAUCCUCCGGAAGUGCGUACAGGCAUUCAAUGAGCAGGUAAGAUUAAACUUCUCAGUUCGUCUAGAUAGGUGCCUAGCUACUCGGGGACGGUUUUGACUUGAGCUCAAUAUGUGAUGGAUGCAAUUUUAGGGGGAUCGAGUCACCAUUCUAUAUUGGUUAUGGCGCCUUGCUAACUUAUCAUAAGAAGCAUAAACUAUUCGGGGGUGACACCGUGGUAAAAUAACCGACGAUGGGAUCCGAUCAAAACGAUCCUACUGCUGAAGGCGCCGGCAACGACGAGGACUUCAGUUAAUGCGCGUUUCAACACUAACAACGGACUUGA